AUGAGUUAAGAAUAAUUGGAAUAGCUAUUAUAUCUGAAAUAGUAUUAGAUCAAUUAAAAUAAUGUUCCAAAUUUUGAUUUAUUACCAAUAUAGCCUACAUAUAUAUAGGAAAUGAACAAAGAAGUGGAAAAUUUAGAAUAAUAGUCUCUUUUUGCAGAUUAAUUAAAUGUUGAUAUACUUAGCUUAAAAAGAAUAGAGAAGAAAAAAGAUUAAGAAAAAUGGCUAAAAUACAAUAAUUAUCUGAAGGUUGGUUUUUUUGAAUGA